AUGAAGCUAGGCGAAGGAGUCGAAGUCGACACUGUCUGUGAUCAAUAUGCAGAAGUGAUCUUAUCAAAACCAACUUGUCCUGCCGUAUUCGUCGAGAAUAUAAUUUUCAUACUCCCAGAAUACAGGUUCCCUCCUCCAGCAACGGCUUUUAAUGCCACAUCUGCUGGCCCAGGUCGUGUCGAUUUCAUCGAUGAAACGGGCGCCACCCUCUCCGAAUACGGAUCUCCUCCUCUAGCAAUACUUCUUAACGACACACCUCGUGGUUUAGGUCGUGUCGAAUUCGUUGAUGAAAGAGAAUCCGUCCUCUCGAAAUAUUGCUUCGAAAGCCAUGACAAUCCCAACUCCGUGGACUCGGCAAUCUCCCGAGCAGAUAAAAGCGCGUCGAUUGCCUCACCAUUAGACAUCAGGACCCGAAAAGCAACAGAUUUUCCUAGGCCUACUGAUCCACACUCGACCACCCCGCCAUUUAUCACAUUCGAGGAUCAAAACUCAAAGUUUCCGGGAGCUGUACGAAGGGCAAGCUCUUGA